AGCAUCAUGUCUGCCUCCGACUCGAGCGCUACAGGGCUCAUCUGCAACAAGGGUUCAGCCGAUUCCUACACUAGUCGACCCUCUGAUUCCGACCUGUCCCUGGAGGAGGACCAGGAGGCGUCUCGGCGUGAAGCCGAGCGCCAGGCUCAGCUGCAGCUGGAGAGAGCCAAGGCUAAACCAGUAGCAUUUGCGGUGAGAACCAAUGUGAGUUACUGUGGGGCCCUUGAUGAAGAUUGUCCAGUCCAAGGUGCUGCAAUUAACUUUGAAACCAAAGACUUUCUGCACAUAAAAGAGAAAUACAACAAUGACUGGUGGAUUGGUCGGCUGGUGAAGGAAGGGGCAGACAUCACUUUCAUCCCCAGUCCAGUCAAACUUGAGGCCAUGAGGAUAAAGCAAGAGCAGAAAGCAGCAGCUAGGAAAGGAGGGAACGCGUCAUCCGGAGGCUGGAGGUCCACCCCUCCAUCUGCAGCCAAACAGAAGCAGAAACAGACCGAACAUGUUCCCCCAUAUGAUGUGGUCCCUUCAAUGCGGCCGGUGGUCCUGGUGGGUCCUUCGCUGAAAGGCUACGAGGUAACAGACAUGAUGCAGAAAGCUUUGUUUGACUUCCUAAAGCACCGAUUUGAUGGCAGGAUCACUAUUACCCGGGUGACCGCUGAUCUGUCAUUGGCAAAGCGCUCAGUGCUGAACAAGAAAGCCAUAAUGGAGAGAUCCAACACACGCUCGAGUCUGGCUGAGGUCCAGAGUGAAAUAGAGAGGAUCUUCGAGCUGGCCAAGUCUCUUCAGCUGGUCGUCCUGGACGCAGACACCAUCAAUCACCCAGCACAGCUCCUCAAAACCUCUCUGGCUCCCAUCAUUGUCUACGUCAAAGUCUCGUCACCUAAAGUUCUUCAGAGGUUGAUUAAAUCUCGAGGAAAAUCACAAAGCAAACACCUCAAUGUCCAGAUGAUGGCAGGGGACAAGCUCGCUCAGUGUCCACCUGAGAUGUUUGAUGUCAUCCUGGAUGAGAAUCAGCUGGAAGAUGCAUGUGACCACCUUGCAGAGUACCUGGAAAUUUAUUGGCGUGCUACGCACCUCCCCUGUUCUGCCCCAGUGAAUCCCUUACUGGACCAAAGUGUGAUAACUCCACCUUCUGCUAACUCCAGCCAACAGUUUUCUGAGACUCAAGAGUUGAUAGAAUGAGCACUACUUCCGACAUAGGAGCAGCUUGUGCUGUCAGCUGGGGUCAGACAAGAAGUCGUAGUGCACAGGGACCAGGGCACCACCAGGGGGCAGCAGCAGUCCUCGUCUCUCCAAACCUAGCCACCACCUUCUCCAGCCACACCUGGGCCAAAGAAAAGAGGAAAAGCAGAGUAUGGUGAGCAAGAAGGAGCAGGAGGCUGGUGAGCUGGAAGGAGAGAAGACACAAAAACAGGAAAACAAGAAGAAGGAGGAGAAUGAUUUGAUCAAUGCUGCAACAGAAGAAGGAGCCUCCACUUUACUGCUGCCCCCUCGGCAAAAGCUCCCUGCUCCCACUACCACACAACAACUCAGGGCCAAUUUCUACAGCUCCACGUGCACUGGUAUUUCAGAAAAACAGUGUAGCAGUGCAGUUACAACUCACUAUCUGCCCCCUCUCUCAUAUUUUUCUCUCACCGUGACCUUAAACUUGUACCUCACUCCCCGCUUUUACAUUUGAAGUCACAUCUCCCACCUGACAAAGGUGUGCCAGCCUACGUUUGCUCACACAGGCAGAUUCGCCUCUCACUGUAGCUACAUCACACACCUGUAAAGUUCAGAGUAAGUUAGCCUACAGUCCUGUAGCAUAGCAAAGCUACCAGUGUAAAACCUAUACACCCUCCAAAUACAGGGUUCCAGGGGGUUUGUGUCUGAUACACGUCACUUAAAGAGGGUGACAGAAAAUCAGCUUUGUAUGUCUUCCAUCUCUGCAGCUCUCAAUGAGCUGUCAUUCCAAAUGUUUAACCAAAUGUUUUCUCUAUAGCACAAAUGCAAUGUCAGAGGCAUCAUGUUGUCACUUAUGUUAGAGGACUCUUACUUUCCCUUACUUGCAACUCCUGUUUUUAUGUUCUUCUUUCUAUUGACCUUUUUACUGUAACUGUCAUUACUACUGUUUAUAAUUCGUAAGCUCACUCUCGGUGUCACUGAUUGCAUAUCUGUACACAACAGUGAUGCUGAGCACGUGUAUAACAAGCACAGACAUGCACAGACAGUCUAUAUGCAUCUUUGUCACAGCUGUGAAUGUAUAAACGCUGGUCCACUGGCUUAGGAAGGAUUACUUAUAAUAACUGUGGUUUGCAGAUGAUUGGAGGCUAAACCCGAAAAAGUCUGUUAUCACAUCUAAAUAUCCUAAAUAUUUACACUUUCCAAAUUUUUACUGUAUUUACAUGAUUUUCCUACCCCAAAGAAAAAAUGGUUUGUAAAAUAGUUUUAUCCUCCCAGAAAUAAUUGAUCACAGAUAACCCAUGUUUAACAUGGUUUAUUCCACAACUGCUUCUGUCUUAGGACUAACUUCAAAAUGUUCAUUAAGAUGGUUUGAAAGUAAAACUUUCUAAACCACCUUUCUCUUUUUGUUGGAACCAACUUUUUGAAUAAGCCAAUAAUAAUAAUAAUAAUAAUAAUGGAAAUAUUAGAAAUGAGAAAGAUUAAUGAUUUCCAACAACAUCUGUGGACGAUUAACAGUUAAAUAUUACCUCAUUGUGUCUUCUGAACGUGGUGCUUGGUGAUUGUAGCUCUAAAUUACAAUAAGUGCAUCACCGUAAGCUACGCAGCCAGGAACGUGGUUAUUUAUUUAUUUAUGUUCAAUAUUUUGCUGUUACUCUCUGUGAAUAUAGCGUCAGCAUUAAGUUGCUCUGUGAAUAAGAAGCUGUGGACACUCACUACACUACACCACUGAGAAGACCUCAUCUCUUCUAUAGGAACAUGUAAGAUCUCUGAGCACACGAACUGAUUGUAAAGGUUUACUUCCUGACAAGCCUGGGAAAGUAUUUUAUUAUCAUUUGACAUGAGGGUGACCUCUGGUGAUGUAUUUACGUUAGUACCAGGUCUUAUAACCAUUAUUACUUAUUCUCUGCCCACAUAGCAGGAUAUACAUUAUAUAUAUGCAUAGACAUUAAUCAAAAACAUGUCAGAUUUCAUGUGCGUACAAGCACCAGUGUUCUCUUUUCUGCAUCCAUUUCAUGUCUUGCAUUGCUCACAAAAAUGAAUGCGUCUCAGUAAGCACUUCAAUAAUCGCAUUAAUGCAACUGCUUGUGUCAUUUAAAGCUACAGAAUUCAGCUAACAUAUCAUACAUGUAAAUAAUCUAAUAUAUGUGCAUGAUAUAUUGUAUUCCUGUUUCAUCAGAAGGGCUUUUUCAGAUCAGCGUCACAUGAGCCGUUCACGCUUCAGACUAAAUCAGCGCGACCUAUGUAACCACUUACAUAUGCAUUAUAAAGGCUUAAAUGUAAAUACUGUAUAUUAAAUAUGCAGAUACUAUUAUUAUUAGCAGAUUCCACAAUAACAGCAAAAGCUGACAGGUUUUAACCAGUACACAAUUCUAUAAUCAGCAUCUCAGAAAGCAUGUGUUUAUAUGUAAUAUCCUCUUUUUUUUUAAAGAAUGGUGCACAGCUUAUAUAGGACCGCUAUUAAGGUUGCUUCCACUAACACCCUGAUUCAUUUCUGAAGGGCCGGGUUUGAGAUACAUAACUUCUACUUCAUGAAACACAGAGAGCACAGUACCUUCUUUCGAUAAAACCUACUCAGCUUCUCCUGUUGCUUAAUUUUUAUUGCAGGAAAUUUAUACAAAAGUCAAUUAUACUUCUUUGGUUUUCCAAAGCACAAUUUUUUACAAUUAUCAUUUCCUAUUGCGUUUCACUUGCCUAAAUUCUGUAUGCAAUACAAAGUUUAGCAUCAACGAGACACUAGCUGAGACUAUCAAAAUAUCUCCUCAGUUAAGGUGGAGUAUAAUUGCACUACUAUUAUUUAUACUAAACGUUAUGCUGUAUCCACCUCCAAUACAGAGAAAAAAACUGUUUGGCCUAAUGAUGAUGUCAACGUUUCUCAUCGUUUCUGACAAGUCUGCAAGAUAAAUGAUAUCCAACAGUGUCUGAUGAUGAUGUGUAAUGGGUGCAUCUUUUGUCAAUAGCACACGAGAAGGAGGAGGUGAAUAAAAAAAACCCCAUUUAAUUAA